GUUGCAUGAUGGUUAAAUAGCCUGGCCCUGGAACCCGCCAUUUUCUGUUGGGGCUGGCGGGAAAAGCGGAAAGCGAGUGAAACAGGCAGCAGCCCGAGCGAGCGCCGUCGCGGGACGACCAACGGCCGCUUGAAACUGCGAGGCAGAACCCUCAGGUUUCCUAACUUUUAAGAAACUCCCAGGAUGGCACGUACCAAGCAAACUGCCCGUAAGUCCACUGGAGGGAAAGCACCUCGAAAGCAGCUGGCCACUAAAGCAGCUCGAAAAAGCGCACCAUCCACUGGGGGAGUGAAGAAACCUCAUCGCUACAGGCCUGGCACUGUGGCACUGCGAGAGAUCCGGCGGUACCAGAAAUCCACAGAGUUGCUGAUCCGCAAGUUGCCAUUCCAGCGCUUGGUCCGUGAAAUUGCUCAGGACUUUAAGACAGACCUGCGGUUCCAGAGUGCUGCCAUUGGAGCCCUGCAGGAAGCCAGCGAGGCGUAUCUUGUGGGUCUGUUUGAAGACACCAACCUGUGUGCCAUUCAUGCCAAGCGGGUCACCAUCAUGCCAAAAGACAUACAGCUGGCCCGCCGCAUCCGUGGCGAACGGGCUUAAGUUCUCCUCCCCGUCUCUUUCACACUUACCAACCCUCCCUGGGCAACCCCACCUUGCUUGUGUACUUAGGAUACACUCCAGAUUUUAUUUUUUAUUUUGUUUCUCUCUCCUAAAUCCUGUUUGUAGUGGCUAGGAUGUGUGAGGAAAUGUUAGAUUAUCUAUCUAUUGUAGUACCUCUCCGGAAUCAGGAGGCUUGAUUCCUGUUUUCAUCAUGUACAAACAAACAAAAAACAAAACAAAAAUCCUUUGAAAUCUGCAAGACUUCUGGAUGUUGUUUUUUUGUAAAACCUUUUUUUUCCUUCCAGAAUUGCAAAAAAGCAAACAAAAACACACCCGACAGGGGGACAUUUUUGAAAUAUCUGGUUUUUGUACACACAACCUGCGUAGAUACAGGCAUUUCGACGAUAAAAGAGCUUUCGGUCUUCAGUUUGUAAAAUACCUGCAAAGAACACUACACUUUGUUUUCCUUCUGUUAGUCGAGUCUUUUUAUUUUGCUUUGUAUUUAGGCUAGAAGUGCUUUCUAGAUCAUUUAUUUUCCUGUUUUCCAUUUGUCUCGUGUCUGUGAUUCUGACCUUUGUAUCAAUAGGGACUCACCUUGAAGCAGUAAGAGAAAAAUAAUAAAUGUUGAAUGACGACA